AUAGGAAAUCCGUUUGCGGUGGAUUAUUGUAAUCCAACAGAGUCUGGACGACACAUCGGAUCACGACAGGGGAAAAAACCAAAGCGCAGCGGCCUGUAACAGAUGCAGCUCGCCCGUGAAAAAAGGGAUAAAGUUGGGAUAUGAUCUGACGCGCAGUGCUUCUGCUGGAGCCAGUGAUCGGCGCUGCCCGGGCCGUUUCCUGGACCAACGAUUCAUCCGAAGACAGUGACAGCGGUUGGGCAAUACUGCACUGCAGAGUGCUGCGCGUAUUAAAGGCUUGAAUUUGCUUGAUAUAGACACCUCCUCCCUCCCUCCCUUCUCCCUUCCCGUGUCAGUGUUCACUCCAGCUCAGCCUGGAAGCAGAGUCCGGUUGCCCUGUCGGCUGCUCCGAGGCACACCGCUAGCUAGCGCGGCUAGUUCACCCAGGCUAGCCUGCUAGCUAGUUAGGAAUUUGUCAAGUUUGGUUCGGUAUUCGGUUCCUUCGCUGCCAGCAGCCCAAAGGGAGGGAGCAUGUCGGUCAAAGACCAACCCAAACUCUGCACCUAUGAACGGCCCAUCAAAGCUGUGCCAUAUCCUCCGGGCACACGCCUGUCUGCCAGAGACCUGUAUGUGACCAAGAAGCCCAGCCUGGAUCUGCUGAAGGCCCAUCUGGUAAAGGAGGGUCGGCUGGAAGAGGAGGCAGCACUGCGGAUCAUCAAUGAGGGAGCUGAAAUCCUGCGUAAAGAGAAAUGCAUGCUGGAGGUGGAAGCUCCUAUCACAGUCUGCGGAGAUGUCCACGGACAGUUUUUUGACCUAAUGAAGCUGUUUGAGGUGGGCGGGUCCCCCAGCAGCACCCGUUACCUGUUCCUCGGGGACUAUGUGGAUCGAGGCUACUUCAGCAUCGAGUGUGUGCUGUACCUGUGGGCUCUGAAGAUCAAUUACCCUGACACCCUGUUCCUCCUCAGAGGGAACCAUGAGUGCCGACAUCUCACAGAGUACUUCACCUUCAAGCAGGAGUGUAAAAUAAAGUACUCAGAGCAGGUAUAUGAUGCCUGUAUGGAUGCGUUUGACUGCCUGCCUCUGGCAGCGCUCCUCAACCAGCAGUUCCUGUGCGUUCACGGAGGUCUAAGUCCUGAAAUCACCUGCCUGGAUGACAUCCGUAAGGUGGACCGGUUUAAAGAGCCACCUGCGUUCGGGCCGAUGUGUGACCUGCUGUGGUCGGACCCCGGGGAGGACUACGGCUCAGAAAAGACCCAGGAACACUUCUGCCACAACAGCGUCCGAGGCUGUUCUUAUUUCUACAGCUACCCGGCGGUAUGUGACUUCCUGAUGAACAAUAACCUGUUGUCUGUAAUACGAGCACACGAAGCCCAAGACGCAGGGUAUCGAAUGUACAGGAAGAGUCAGACAACAGGCUUCCCGUCUUUAAUUACAAUCUUCUCUGCUCCCAACUACCUAGAUGUGUACAAUAAUAAAGCUGCGGUGCUGAAAUAUGAGAACAAUGUGAUGAACAUCCGGCAGUUUAACUGCUCCCCCCACCCUUACUGGCUGCCCAACUUCAUGGACGUCUUCACCUGGUCCCUGCCCUUCGUCGGGGAGAAAGUGACGGAGAUGCUGGUGAACGUGCUGAACAUCUGCUCCGAUGACGAGCUGAUGUCUGAAGGAGAUGACACCUGUGAGGGUGGAGCUCCGGCUGCCAGGAAGGAAGUGAUCAGGAAUAAGAUCCGAGCAAUUGGGAAGAUGGCUCGUGUCUUCUCAGUGCUCAGGGAGGAGAACGAGAGCGUGCUGCAGCUGAAGGGGCUGACCCCAACAGGAACGCUUCCUCUGGGCGUUUUGUCAGGGGGUCGACGGACCCUUCAGAGCGCCACCGUAGAGGCAGAAGAGGCACGAGCCAUUCAAGGCUUCAACCCGCAGCAUAAGAUCCAGAGCUUUGAGGAGGCCCGGGGUCUGGACCUGAUCAACGAGAGGAUGCCCCCUCGCCGUGACGCCCCUCUGUAUGAGACUCCGCCCACCGUCAACAACCUGCCGGCCAGCACCGGACCCCCUGGCAACAACAGCACCAACACUCAAGCCUAGCUCCUUUCCUCAUCUCUCCUCCCUCUUUCCCCCCUCCCUCCCCUAUUUCAUCUCCUGUCCCCCUCCUUCUCCGAGGAGGAUGAGGCGGUUCGGUCCGAGCGGUUAUUUAUUUUAUCAUCGAGUAAAUAUCAGAGUUUCAGGCUGAACAGAGAAAAUCUCAAAGUGACCCGGACCCCAGGCUGCUGGUACUCCCCUCCUCACCCGUGUACCAGCCUUCUGUC